AUGUAAGAAAUAAUUAUCACAACACUCUUAAAAUUUAAUGAUAUCUUUGAUGCUUUCUAACAAAUCUUCAAAAUUCAUAAUUACAAUUCCUAUCAAUAACGAUAAAUUCUAGAAAAAUGUUUAGAUUAACAAUAUUUAAAUAGUUCUAUAUAUAUUACUCUUAAUAGUAAUAAUCAAUUCUUUCCUAAUUAUUAGGAUCUAGAACAAAUUCAACUCAAAUUUUCGAAUGAUAAAUUAUUCAAUCAAAAUAAUCUCAUAGGUCUUUAAAAUAUUUAUCUAUAGAAUUAAUUUAAACCAAUGUUUAAAAUGAAACUAAAGAAUUCAUCAAAUCAUUUGAUUAACUUUGCUUUAACUAAAAUGAAAAACUUAAUGAUUUUAAAUCUUAUGUUUCAGAUAUCUUUUUAACUAAAAAUGAUAUUCGUUAAUUCAAAUCAAAUUCUGAAGAUAAGAUUAAUAAAUUAUAAGAUCAGAUUCAACAAUUCUAAACUAAAUAUGCACUCAAACUUUAUACAGAAUAACAUAUUGUAUUUCAUUUUAUUUCUAUCAUCAGAUUGAUAUCAAAUAGGCUAUAUCUUAAAUAUAACAAGCCAAUGUUUUAAUUAAAUAAGAUUCCUAAACCUUACAUAAACUUAAUAGCGAUAAUAGAUUCAUGAUCAAAUAAUUAAAUGAAUAAUUGAUUUUUAAAAUUGAAAAUAUGGAAAAAGAGUAAUAUCGAAUUUUUGAAUUUGAAAAAGAUGUUGAAAAAAUGAAAAAUAUAAUUUAAGAAUAAAAAUGUGGUAAAAUAUUAUAAUUAAUAAUUAUUUUAGAAAAUGAAAUUUUGCAAAAUAAAGUAAGAUCAUUGUCUUAAUUAUUUUAAGAAUUAGAAGUCAACAAUUCUAAAGUUGUUAGAUUUGAAAUACACUCUGCAUUAAAAAAAGUUGAUGAGGAAAUGAACUACUUUAAAAAUCGUUAAUAAAGUUUUUAAGAUUAAUUAUAAUUCUUUAAAGAAAACUUUUAGAAAUCCGAAAUCUCCAAUAAUUAAUUCUAAAAUGUAAUUAAUGAAUAAUUUGAUUCAAUAUCGGCUGAAUUAGUUUAAAAGAAGUAACAAUUUAAAUCUAUUCUUAAAAAUAUUGCUCUACUCCAACAACAGUAAAUAUAUUAUUUAAUCUAGAGGGAAAAAAAUUAAAUUUCAUCUGAUUUACCAUAAAAAGUAGCUAUGUUAUUAAAUAAAGUAUCAACUCUAGAAUAAACAUCCUAAUAAGCUUUCGAUUAAUUGAAAAGAAUUAUUGAUGUCAUUUAAGAAUUUUGUGAAACUUUAUAAAUUCCAUCUGAUAGCCAAUAAAAAAAUCUAACAAAUUUAAUUUUAUUAUUAGACAGAAGGAUUUUGGAAUAUGGAAAAUCUAUAUAUGAUCAGCAAAUCCAGUCAGUAUAAGGUAAUACAGUAAAAAUUAAUACUGCAAGAAUUUCAACAUCAGUAGAUUCAACAUUCAAAGUUGGUGUUUUAAAAGAGAAAAAGACUAAAUUUAAUAAAUUGUUAAAUAAAACAGUAUAUUAUGGUAGUAGAAGAGAUACAUUAUUCUGA